UACAAAGUGUGCCAGCUCCAAAGUGCUUUGGAUCAUUUAGUCAUGGUGACUCAUCUCUUCCUAGGUGUGAUAACUGUGGCUGUUUUUGCAACAACUGUCACUAAUGCAGAUAUCAAAGUAGUCUGUGCAAAAGACUCAGUAAAGAUCACAUGGAGGAUCAAUCCGGAGUUGGUGCCAUAUGCAGCUCGUCUCUUACUCGGAAGCUGUAUGCCAUCUCAGAUGAAUGUUAUGCCCACUGGAGAGGGAGAAGCACAGUUCAACUACCACUUCGGUGACUGCAAGUUUAAAAAACUGAUAAAAGGAAAACGACUGAUCUAUCAAAAUGAACUGACUUUCAGGCCACAAGCAAGGCCAAAACCUGCAUCCUUUGUAUAUCCCAUCGAGUGUGUUUAUAAAAGACCUGAUGUGUGGGUUCCCCAGUUCAUGAACCCUGGAUCAGGUGUUUCUGAAGGUCGAGGCGGGCUGGUCUUCCACAUGGCACUCCUCAAUGAGCAGUUAACAGGUGUAGCGGAGUCAAAUGUCAUCCCCCUGGGCUCUUUCAUGCCAAUAUGGGCUGCAGUGGAGCAGAAGUCCCAUCAACCUUUGCUGCUGCUCAUGGAGGAAUGUGUGGCAGCCACUACACCAGAGCUGCAGCCUGGCAGCCAGGUUUACCCCAUCAUUAGCAAUAAGGGAUGUCUUUUGGAAAGCAUGAGGGGAAACUCUGUGUUCCUUCCCCGAUACCACUCGUCUGCAAUCAUCCUCUACCUGCAGUCCUUCAAGUUUGGUCUUGGAGAGGAGGUGUACAUCCAUUGUAAGCUGGUUGCAUGGGACCCUGACAUUCUUGAUGAGAGCAAGAAGGCCUGUCAUUAUGUCAAGGAAAAUGGAGGAUGGGAACUUCUCGAUGACCCAUUUCAGAGCUCCCUGUGUAGCUGCUGUGAUUCAACCUGCAAGUCGCGUGCCAAACGAGGAGUUGGAUGGGAAUCCCACAGCUGGAGUCAUAAUUCCGUGUUGGGACCCCUGAUCAUUGAGGACCCAUCUGGCUCAAAGGCACACAACACGUCAGUGGGGUCGGUCACUACAGAUUGACUCUCUGGUGUGAUGAUUAAACCAGUGAAUUUCUGUCCUUUUUUUAAACUGCAAGUUUGGACCACAGGACAUAAGGGCUUCAGUUCUCAACAUUUUUUAACAGAGUCCAGUCUAAGUUGAUGGAGACUCCAUGAUCCUGUACAACAGAGGGCCAUCCCUCCAGACUUAAGAUGUUGGGAAAUGCCAAAAAUGUUAUAGAUCCAUCUUAUGAUGUACAAUAAAAGUGCUUUAAAGUCC